AUGAAAAUUAGCAACAAAUACUUUCCAACCGCAUUUCGUUGCUACUCAACACAACACCACCACCACAUAUCAAACCAAGAAUAUAGACUUGUACAAACAUUAAAGUCAUGUCAAUCACUUAUUCAUGUCCAAAAUCUUCAGUCUCAUAUCAUCAAAUCUGGCCAUCAUUCCAAUAUCUUUAUCACUAAUACCUUAAUCAAUUUAUAUGCCAAUUUUUCUAAUACCAUAAAUGAUGCAGAAUCCAUCUGGGGUUCGUCUCCUCAUUCAUAUGAUCCAGUUUCGUGUAACAUUAUGCUCUCUGCUUAUCUUAAAUUUCGUCGUUUUAGUCAUGCCCGCCAACUGUUUGAUAAAAUGCCUGAGAAAAACACGGUUUCUUUUACUACUGUCAUUUCUGCAUUGGCUCAAAAUGGGUAUUGGUAUGAUGUGGUAACGGACGUUUUUAGGGAAAUGCGGUUUUUGGGUUUGCUUCCUAAUCAUGUUACGUUGUCUAGUGUGUUGUCGUCUUAUACGCAUGUUUGUAGUAAAGAUAAGAAUGUUGGUAAGAUGCUUCAUGGUUUGGUUGCUAAAUUGGGGUUUCAUGAUUGUAAUGUUGUUUUGACGAAUUUGGUUAAUGUGUAUUGUGCUUGUUUGUGUCUGGAUGAUGCGCGGAUUUUGUUUGACGGGAUGUCGUAUAAGAAUAUAGUUACAUGGAAUGUAAUGUUGAAUGGAUACUCUAAGGCCAAAUUACCCACCUUGGCAAGAGAUUUGUUUGAUAAAAUGACGGAAAGGGAUGUUGUUUCGUGGGGUACCAUUAUUGGAUGUGUUUUACGUGUUGAUGAAAGUUUGAAGGAAGCUUUGAUGUUAUAUCAAGAAAUGCUAAACGGCGGUAUCCUUCCUAAUGAUGUUUUGGUGGUGGAGGUUAUUGCAAUGUGUGGGCAAGUAAGUGCGUUUUGCGAAGGUCAGCAGUUUCAUGGGGUAAGUGUUAAGCUAGGAUUUGACCUUCACGACUUUGUACAGUCGACAAUCAUCCACUUUUAUGCAGCUUGCCAUAAUAUCGAACUUGCCCAAAUUCAGUUCAAAAUAGGAAUUAAAAACCAUCUGCCUUGCUGGAAUGCUUUAAUAUCAGGGCUAGUUAGAAAUAAUAUGAUUGAUUCAGCUAGAGAAUUAUUUGACAGGAUGCCGACUAGAGAUGUUUUUUCAUGGAGCUCGAUGAUUUCUGGAUAUUCACAAACUGAGCAACCACAUAUGGCUUUGGAACUUUUUGAUGACAUGAUGUCAAAUGGUAUUAAACCAAAUGAAGUAACAAUGGUAAGCAUGCUCUCAGCUGUUGCUAAUUUGGGCAUAUUGCAACAAGGAAGAUGGGCUCAUGAAUAUAUAAUCAAUCAGUCAAUCCCCAUAAAUGACAACCUAAGCGCAGCCAUUAUCGACAUGUAUGCUAAAUGUGGGAGCAUCAAGAAUGCAUUACAAGUCUUUAAUCAAGUCAGGGAAAAUGCUUUCACAAACUCACCAUGGAAUGCGAUUAUAUGUGGUUUGGCCAUGCAUGGUCACGCAGGAUUAUCUCUGGAAAUAUUUUCUAACUUGGAGAAACGAAAGAUCAAACCUAAUGCUAUCACAUUGAUUGGAGUACUAAGCGCCUGUUGUCAUGUUGGUUUGGUAGAAGAGGGUGAGCGACAUUUCAAAAGGAUGAAAAAUUUGUACAAUAUAGAGCCAAACAUUAAGCAUUAUGGUUGUAUGGUGGAUCUUUUGAGUAGAGCGGGGAGAUUAGAGGAAGCAGAGGAACUCAUAAAGAGCAUGCCAAUGAAGGCAGACGUCGUAAUAUGGGGCACAUUGUUAUCAGCAUCCAGAACCUAUGGUAAUGUUGAAAUGGGAGAAAGGGCAGCUGAAUGUUUGGCAAAUGCAGAACCAUCUCAUGGCCCUGGAAGAAUCCUGCUAUCCAAUCUCUAUAUAGAUGCAGGACGAUUGGACGAUGCAGCUUUUGUAAGACAAAAAAUGCGUUGCCAAAGAUUAACAAGGUCACCUGGUUACAGUGGGGUCAUAUGAUCUCCUUUGUUUCUGAAUCAGACAAUUGCAUAAAAAUUUCCCUUUUGACCAUAUAAAGGAAAAAGGUCAACAGGGCAUAUGCUCAUGCUGCACAUACUGAUUAUUAGACACUGUGCAUGAGCGGCUUAAGUUGAUGUCAGAAUUAUUCAUGCUGCAGUGCGGACUCUCGAGAGGCUAUUGGCUUGGCUAGAGAAGAACAUUUAACACUCCUUACAAAAAUGCCUUCUUGUGAACCUUGCCAAUUAUGUCAUGGUGAUGAGAUUAUACAAAAUAUUCCAAAGAAGGAUUGUUUCAAAGUUAAACAUGCGAGCUUUGUUCAUAUUCAUUGCAACUUUGUUGUAAUGUGAUAGUCCCAAACUCCCAAUCAUAGCUCAAAAUAAUAUGGAGAUUAUACAACUUUGUUGUAA